AUGCGACCCGAGGCUGCGGCCGGGGCUCCGGAGGCGCGCGGACGCGGCUUUCACUGUCCCGAGGACGGUCCUGGAAGGCCUCCGCCGCCGGCUGGACCACAGAGCUCCACACCCUGGAGACCUUGGAGCUGCACAUCUGGAGAUGCUGAACUGAUGAGAACUGCAAGACAGCUUGAGCCUGGGAGUGACCAGCAAACAUUUGGAUCGAAGGGGGCGUUUGGGUUUCAGCAUCCUGUAAGACUUUAUUUACCCAUCUCAAAACGCCAAGAAUAUCUACAGAGUUCUGGGGAGAAGGUGCUGGCCAGUUUCCCAGUGCAAGCUACAAUUCAUUUCUAUAAUGAUGAAUCAGGCUCAGAUGAUGAUGAAGAUGGAGAGGAAGAGAUCCAGGCCCCUGCCCUUCAGUGCCAGCAGGCAGAAGGUUCUGCAAGAAGUGGUCCAGGGGGCGAAUGCAAGGACCACUUGAUGAACCAAGAAAGGAGAUGCCAAGGGAACAGCGUCUUCUGUGGGCAGAGUUUGCUCCCCCACAGUGUCCCAAAGGGAGUGAUAAGCCCAAGUAAAUCCGGUCCCUCUCUCAAGCCAGCCCUGCGCUGGGGCUCACCGCUUGGGGCUCCCCCAGCCACCACCCUGUGA